AUUUUGAUUUCGAAACCUGACUAUUUUUUCUUUUUUUUUCAUUUGGUCCUUGACUCCUGAAUAAUAAUUUACACCGUGUCAACACAGCUCCCCAGCAGGACUAGCCACUGAGUUACACGGCUGUGUAAAUGACAUUGCAACCGGGAAAGGGUAGUAUCGUUAAGCUAACAGCGCAGCCCCGCAUAGACUGCAAUGGGCCUCCGGGUGACCUGACAGCCAAAGUCGCCGAGUUGCCGUUCAGCAUGCAGAUGUAGACAGAUAAAGUAAUGGCUCAAAGGUCACGCAGGCAAAUGGCUCUUUAGCAAGAUCCAACUAAGUAUACAUCUCCUUGUCCAAAUCAGAGUGUAUGUUACGGUGACGUCAGCCAUGUUUUGGAAGUUUGAUUUACACACAUCUUCUCAUCUGGAGGCUUUACUGGACAAGGAGGAUGUCACCCUCACUGAGCUCAUGGAUGAGGAGGAUGUGCUGCAGGAGUGCAAGGCCCAAAACAGGAGGCUUCUCAUGUUCUUGUGCCAGGACCAGAGCAUGCAGGAGCUGGUUCGAUUGAUAACCACAGAGCCUCCUACUGGUGUAGAGGAGACAAAGCGCUUCAAGUAUCCAAAUAUAGCAUGUGAGCUGCUGACAAGUGAUGUGGGAGUGAUCAAUGAUAAGCUGGGUAAUGAGGAGCCACUGCUGGAUAGUUUGUAUGCCUUCCUGGAGCAGCCAUCCCCACUUAACCCCCUCCUGGCAUCUUUCUUUAGCAAAACAAUUGGGAACCUCAUCACACGGAAGACUGAACAGGUGAUUAGUUUCCUGCAAAAGAAGGAUGGAUUCCUUUCCUUGGUCCUGAAGCAUAUUGACACAUCUGCCAUGAUGGAUGUGCUUCUACGCCUUAUCAGCUGUGUGGAGCCACCACCGCUACGACUUGAAACUCUAACUUGGCUCAAUGAACAGAAACUGGCCCAGAGGCUCAUAGAGCUCAUUCACCCUGAGAGAGAUGAUGAGAGGCAGUCCAAUGCAUCGCAGACUUUGUGCGACAUCAUUCGUCUGAGCAGAGACCAGGCCAGUCAGCUCCAAGAGAUUUCACAGCCUGACCCACUGCUGGCUGUGCUUGAAUCACAGGAGUGUGUGGAGCAGCUAUUGCAGAAUAUGUUCUCAGGAGAGAGAACUGAGAGCUGUAUUGUCAACGGGAUUCAGGUUCUUCUGACUUUACUGGAAAUCAGGAGGCCUGUGGUGGAUGGUGUAAUGGAUGCUCAGGGAUUUGAGAGAAGCUACACUGUUAACAGCAGUAUUUUGUUGGCCAUCCAGCCACACCUGAUACACUUCCACCAGCUACUUCUGGAGCCGCCCAAGCGAGAGCCUAUGCUGACCACUUUGGGUGUGCUAGAGGAACCACUGGGGAAUACACGUUUGCACGUAGCAAGACUAGUGGCCUCUCUGCUUUACACCAGCUCUGCUAGCCACGCAGUCGUAGCACAAGAACUCUGCAGACUCAAUACACUGAACCUCCUUCUGGACUUGUUCUUCAAGUACACCUGGAAUAACUUUCUGCAUCUCCAAGUGGAGCUUUGCGUUGCUGCUAUUGUCCGGCCCUGUGCCCAUGAAAUGAGACUUCAGCCUGGCUUGGGUACCCAGGAAAAAUUCAAGCCUAAUCAAGAUACAUCACAAGAGCAGGAUUUGACUGAGACCCCGACUUCUGAACCAUCAGACACAUCUGAAAACUCUGCACAUAACUUAAUGGUGACUCAUUUGUUUCAGCACUGCCACCUUGUCCAGAGGAUUCUGGAGGCUUGGGAAGAAAAUGAUAAAAUUCAGUCAGAUGGUGGUAUGAGACGAGGUUACAUGGGGCAUCUGACCAGGAUUGCCAACACAGUGGUUCACAAUCUGGAGAAAGGCCCGGUUCACACCCAGAUCAGUAGCCUCAUCGCCGAGCUGCCAGAAGACUACAGAGGGCGGUGGGAAACCUUUGUGGACCAAACACUAUCUGAGACUAACAGGAAGAACACCAUAGACUUGGUUGGCACUGGAAACCCUCGUCCUUCCUCAGAGGAUGAUAUGGAGAGUCCCUUCCCCAAAGAACUGACAGUACAGCAGGCCUUUUCAGACUACCAGAUCCAGCAGAUGACAGCUAACUUUGUGGAUCAGUUUGGCUUCAAUGAUGAGGAGUUCACUGAUCAUGAUGACAGCAUUGGGGCAACCUUUGAUCGGAUAGCAGAGAUUAAUAUCAAUAUUGAUGCUGGCCAUGACAGUGCUAACACAGCUGUGUUUGAGGCUUGUUCCAAAGAGAGGAUUCAGCCCUUUGAUGAUGAGGAGGAGGACAUCUGGGAGGAGAAGGAGAUUAACUAUGCAACACAAGUCAAGUCCCGUAACAGGUUUGGUGGGUCACAGUCCUCCCAAAGCCAAGCAUCCAGUAAGAGCUGUGACAUGACAGCAGCUUCUGAGAGCUCCAGCAGAACAGCAGACUCAGACUCUGAUGACGGUGAAGACCCUAAAGAUGAGCUGGACCCUUUUGCAAGUCAGGACCAGACUGAGGCAACUACGAGUGCAGGCUGGGUAGCAGAUUUUGGAGAGGUAAAUUCAAAGGCUCCUGCAGCAGGCGCGGGCUUCUCAACUUGGGACGCUCCAGUUUCUCAACCAGCUGCAACAGAGGCUGAGGAGAAGGGAUGGGCCAAGUUCACUGACUUCCAGCCUUUCUGUUGCAGCUCUGAAACAGGCCCAAGAUGCAGCUCUCCUGUGGACUCAGAGCUCAGUGGAUCAGACAUCCCCAAACCAAACCAAAACCCGUGUGUAUGGAGUGUUUGCGUGGCAAGAAAAGCACCACUAGUGGCAUCAGACAGCUCCUCCUCCAGCAGUUCUGAUAGCGAUGAGGAAGAAGGCAAGACACAGUCUACAUCCAGUGAGACGGUCACCACAGAGACCAUCACCACAGGUGCUGGCAAGGAGACCAUCCGGCUCACCGUUGACGCCAAAAAUGAGAGGGCAGUCUUCACCAGUGAUAUGCCAGCAGAAGGGCUCACUUAUGAGAAAGAAAGUGACAAAGGUGAAAAAGGAAAGAAACAUGGAAACAGUUCCAGCCCAGUUACCACUGAUUCAGCUAAUCCGUCAGCUGCUGUCACACAAGAGAUGCAGUCCUCCGCUAAUGGACCGGCCUAACGGAAGUGGUACAGGAACACACUUCGUACCUGAUCAUUCAACACACAGCCACGCCACCUUUGCUUCCUGUUAGCAGUCCUUUAAUGCCCUUGUUUUUGUCUGAAAGACAUGUAAGUGAAUGGAAGAUCCUUAGUGCAGAGCUCAAACCGUAUUUAUAAUGGAUACCAGAAAUCUCCACAUGGGUACUAUUUUUUUUUUUUUUUUUUUCUGGGUACUAUUGAUGUCUGUAAUGCGCCUUCAUCAUUGCAAAUGAACCACUUCAAAAAGAAAUGUGUGUUUUAUAAAACAUUUCAUUGUGCCAGGCACCCCAAAGCCAAACUGUGCUACAUACGAACUUUUUCAGGAUGAAUUUUCUUCCCAUUAAACUUGGAAAUGUAAACCCCUUUAUCAGUUUGGAUGUGCAGAGAUUCCAGCUGCACUUUAAUGUUAAGAAAACACCCACGUCUGAAAUUUGACAUUUUAUUAAAUUGAACAUCAGGAUUUCAGAAUAUUUGAGUCUGUCUGCUGUCUGGGUAUGAAUACAGCCCAGUGGAUUUUUCUAGGAGAGCAAGAAAUCUUCAUAUACUCAGCAAAGAUUACAAACGCCAAGAUGCUUGCAAAGCUAGCUAGCCGCCAUUUUGUCUUUAGCACUUCAGUCUUUGUGCCAGGCAGACGUCAUUAUUGCAAAUAUGUGACUUUAUCUGAUCAUUUCUCAGUUAAGUAAGUUUUUAUCUACUUGGAUCACAUGACACUUAAAUGCUCUCUAUUUGUUAGUUUGGAGCAACUGAUUUGGGAGACUCGUGUAUCACUUCCUCCUGACAGAUUCAAGUAGUUUAGAGGUGUGUGUAUGUGUGUGCUGUUGUGUCCAUGUGUAUAGACGUGUGUGCCGGCGUGUGUGUUUGAGCUCUGUCUGAGGUACAGAGUGCAUUCUCAGGUCAAAGGAGAGGUAUGUUGAUGCAAAGAAAGCACACCUGUGUAACACACAUGCAGACACACAGUGCCAUACACACAUGUGCACACAACCAUAUCUACAUGCAAAAAAAAAAAGACAGCGCACAUACAAGGUCAUACCACCCUCAGAGCUGUUUAAAUGUAAUAUUGUGAAAUUUGAACCUGUAUUAGGUUGUGGCUAUUCUUGGUAAUCUGUAAACGUAAAAUAAAUGUAAACAGUAUAUAUAUAAACAUCAUAUCUAUUUUUGGAAUAAAUCCAGUGUAUGGAAAGACGGUUGUUUUGCAGAUUGCAACGUGUGUAUCGUAUGUGUGUUGUACUGUCAAAAUGAGGCAAUAAUGAUGUCUGUGUUUUGGUUAAUAGGCCAGCAUCAGUUCUUGUUUCUUUGCUACAUGCUUCCCACGUGGCAGUUUAACAGUGCACAUGCUGUGAAUACGAGUUGGUUGUCUGCAUUAUGUCUUCCAUAUUGUUUACUUUGAGGAUAAUUCAUGUUAAUGGCAACUUGGGCCUUAUCCUCAUUUAUCAGUUUUGAACUCUUUUCACAUAAUUUGAAUAGUCAAAUUAUGGGAAGAAAAUAAUAGCGAACGAUAAAAUAAUCCCUAAACUGCCGAUUUUUGACCUUUUUAUCAUAUCGUUUGUGUACACAUAUUAGAGCAAUAAUAAAUCAACAGAAGCAUAUUAGGCUCUGAUUUUUUUUAUAAAUCAACACUGUCUAAUUUAAAUGACUGGUUAGACAAAAAGCUAAGAGUUUUUGUGUAAAGGGAAUAUUAGGUUUAUAUUCAUUGUUAUUCAUCAAAACACACUGUGCUGUAAGAAAUGCGCUGAAUGCAUUUCCUUUUACUGUACGGCGUUUACAAUGCAGAUUCAUUUUUAGAUAUUUGAAAUCCUCAUUGCUUGCAUUGUUAGCAGUCUUGUUCUUCCUGUUGAUCGGUGUAGUGUAGUGUCUGCAGCCUCUGGCAGGAAUGUGUAACGUUACUCACAUUCCUGCAUGUGUAUAAGAAAUGGACAGACAGAGGAAAAGGUGCAACAGGACUGCUUGAGGCCAAGAACUCCAGAGGAAAACUUGAAAAUAAUGAAAUUCAACAUUAGUUGCAUUGCCACCAUCAGCACUCAUUUGGGUUGCAUGUCAUUAAGUUGGCUGUCUCAUCUUUCCCGCUCCAUCAAAUUUGAACUUGUUAUAAACUGUUAACUGCUUUAAUCGAGUCUAAUCAUAAUCAGAUUGUAUUAAACAAUACAAUACGUAAGAAAAUAUGACCCAAGUUGUGACAUACCUGAAUUAUCCUUUUAAAUCUGUGUGUGCCAGUCAUGCUUUACUUUCAUCUUUCUCCUCGUCUCUCUCUUUCUCAGGGCAGGAGUCGACUUUAAUUGCAUUUAUGCCUAAGGAAAGAUUCUCUGAGAUUGUUGUAAUUAUUUUAAAUGCACUUUUUCAACAAGCACUUUUGUUUUGUUUUUUUAAUUUGGUGGCACUAAGUGCCCCUAUGUAAUUCCCUCCCUCAGAGUGGCGGGAAUGUUUGGCUUGAACGAGUCAUGUAGGAUAUUUUUUUUCUUCAAUGCUUUUUGCCAAAGUGUGUCUUCCCACCAGUGUACAACUGGGUUUCAUAUCUGUGAAGUAGCCUCCGUUCUUGCAGUGGUCUUACAGGUCUAGAUUUGUCUAAAGCACCCUUUGUUUGAUCCCUUGCUCUUUUUGCUUUUCUUUUGUGAAUCAUGUGAUGGAGUAAUUAGCUGUAGGAGAGGAUGCCACAAGUCGAAGAAAGACUUUGAAGAUUCGUCUUAGAUCACAGGCCCCUCUCCCCUCCCUUUUUUUUUUUUUUUUUACUUUUAUCUGUUCAGCGCUUUGAGCUGUUUGAAGUGGAACUGCACAGAGCUAGCACUGCUUCAUUGUCAGGGUUAAAAGAGAAAAAUAGGGUUGUCUUUGUCAGGGUUGUGCACGUGGUCAGAAUAUGUCAUCCCAUCUGUCACCAAACCUAAGCAGUGCUUUUGACUGAUGCCGUGUGUGUGUGUCCCUUCAUUUUGAGAGUGUUUUGUGUGCAGUAUAGCUACGGGUAUGUUGUCAUGUUAUGCAUAAUGGUACAUCACAUUCAUCUCUUAGUGCCAUUAAGUUUGCACAUUAGCCUUGUUCACCUCUUUGGGUAUCUGCUGUAUUGUACAGUGUGUGCCCAAAACUUUAUUUGAGAAAUAAUGGGUGUUAAGUUGUUACUUAGCAGUUGCUUGUUACUUACACUGAGACCAUUUCAAAGGAAAACUUUUCUCACAUUAUCUUAUUAUUAUAUUUGGACACAUGUGUGCAGAUGUGUGGGGGAGUGGUGGGAAAAACAGGCGUGUGGUUAAAUGCCUUUUUUGUAAAGCGGACUGAUGCUGGGGUUUUUUUUUUUUGUUUUUUUUGUUUUUCAUUUAGAGUAAUGUGUCUGUUACCUGUUGUCAGUUUAGCUUGUACAUUCAGAUAUGAACCUAAUAAAUAUGUCAAAGAUAAA